CCAUAAUACAUAUACACAAAACAUCAUGGCGGAGAAUGAAACCCUGGAGUGUAUAACGGAGCACGAACGGAUUUUACAGGAAAUUGAGAGCACCGACACGGCUUGUGUCGGCCCCACUCUCCGGUCUGUUUAUGAUGACCAGCCCAAUGCCCACAAGCGCUUCAUGGAGAAGCUGGAUGCCAGGAUAAGGAAUCAUGAUCGUGAGAUUGAGAAGAUGUGCAAUUUCCACCACCAGGGCUUUGUCGACGCCAUCACAGAACUCCUCAAAGUCCGUGCUGAUGCAGAGAAAUUGAUGGGCCAAGUGACAGACACUAAUCGAAGACUACAGGAAGCUGGGAGGGAGGUCACAGCUCAGACGGAGGAGGUGAUUCGCUGUCGGAUCCAGCAGAGGAAUAUGGCCACAACUGUGGAGAAGCUACAGCUCUGUAUUCCAGUUCUGGAAAUGUACAGCAAACUAAAGGAGCAGCUGGAAUCCAAAAGAUAUUAUGCUGCAUUGAAAACCAUGGAGCAACUGGAGAAAGUCUAUAUCCCACGGGUCAGUCACUACAGGUUCUGUCAAAUCAUGGCAGAAAACCUUCCUAGACUGAGAGAGGAAAUCAAGGAAAUCUCCAUGUCAGACCUUAAGGACUUCCUGGAGAGUAUCAGAAAACACUCAGACAGGGUUGGAGAGACCGCCAUGAGACAGGCGCAGCAGCAUAGGACUUUUAACAGUGCCGUAGCCAAGCAGGCCAGUAUGGGCCACUACACCAAGCCUGUGUACUCCCUCAACGGACAAGCACACACUCACCCACACAACGGGCUGAUGAUAGAUGACACAGGAGAGGAAGAAGAAGGAGAUGAAGAGGUUCUUACAGCUCAGGACCUUGUGGACUUCUCACCUGUCUACAGGUGUUUACACAUCUACACUGUACUGGGUGACCGAGAAACAUUUGAGAACUACUAUAGGAAACAGAGGAAAAAACAGGCCAGGCUGGUACUGCAGCCACAGGCUAACAUGCAUGAAACGGUGGAGGGCUAUAGAAGAUACUUCAAUCAGAUCGUGGGGUUCUUUGUGGUGGAAGACCAUAUCCUCCACGCCACAAGGGGGCUGGUGACCAGAGCUUUCACUGAUGAACUGUGGAAUAUGGCCCUGUCCAAGAUCAUCGCCGUGCUUCGCACACUCUCUUCAUACUGUGAUGAUCCAGACCUGGUUCUGGAGCUGAAGAACCUCAUCGUAAUCUUCGCUGACACUUUACAGGGUUAUGGCUUCCCGGUGAACCGACUGUUUGACCUGCUAUUUGAGAUCAGAGAUCAAUACAACGAAACUCUGCUCAAGAAAUGGGCACUGGUUUUCAGGGAGAUCUUUGAGUUGGACAACUACAGUCCUAUCCCAGUGGAAACAGAGGAGGAAUAUAAGCAGGUUAUAAGCCGCUUCCCUUUCCAUGAUGCUGAGAUAGAGAAGCAGGACUUUCCUAAGAAGCUGCCGAUGUCCCAGUCUGUCCCUCAGAUCUACACUCAGGUCAAAGAGUUCAUCUAUGCCAGCCUCAAGUUCUCAGAGUCGCUUCACCGCAGUUCAACAGAGAUUGAUGACAUGCUACGAAAGUCAACCAAUCUGCUACUGACCAGAACACUCAGUGGCUGUCUGCAAAACCUCAUCAAAAAACCUCACAUAGGAUUGACUGAGCUGGUGCAAAUCAUCAUCAACACCACCCACCUGGAGCAGGCCUGCAGGUAUCUUGAGGAGUUUAUAACAAACAUCACCAAUGUUUCUCCUGAGACAGUACAUACCACAAGACUCUACGGCUUGUCCACCUUCAAGGAUGCUCGUCAUGCUGCAGAGGGGGAGAUCUAUACCAAACUGAACCAGAAGAUCGAUGAGUUCAUCCAGCUAGCAGACUACGAGUGGGGCAUGGCUGAGUCAGAUGGCCGGGCCUCUGGAUACCUCAUGGACCUCAUCAACUUCCUGCGUUCCACCUUCCAGGUCUUCACACACCUGCCGAAUAACAACAAUGACCAUGCGUCGAUGUCGGGUAAAGUGGCCCAGACAGCUUGUAUGUCAGCUUGUAAGCAUCUGUCAACAUCAUUGAUGCAGAUGCUGCUGGACACAGAGCUAAAACAGAUCAGUAUGGGGGCCAUUCAGCAGUUCAACUUGGAUGUCAUCCAAUGUGAAUUGUUUGCCAGCUCAGAGCCGGUCCCUGGCUUCCAGGGAGACACACUCCAGCUGGCCUUCAUCGACCUGCGACAACUCCUGGACCUGUUUAUGGUGUGGGACUGGUCAACCUACCUGGCAGACUACGGCCAACCAACCUCCAAAUAUCUGAGAGUGAACCCAGCCACUGCCCUGGCUCUGCUGGAAAAAGUCUACAGGGGGAUGAAGGACACCAGUAAGAAGAACAACAUCUUCUCUCAGUUUAGGAAGAACGACAGAGAUAAACAGAAGCUGAUUGAGACUGUGGUCAAACAGCUGAGGAGCCUCGUCAACGGCAUGUCCUCCUAGACACACACACACAUACACACACACACACACACACACACACACAAAUGGAGGAGUGAAAUGUAUGAAUAACGAUAUGUCACACACACACAUAAAGCAGUGAUUUUCAAACUGGGGUCUAAGGACGCCAAGGAGGGUCCUCCAGCAGUCCUCAGCAACAUGAGGAAAAGAUUAAAAGCUUGUGAAAGUCGUCUGAAUGCAGCCACAAGCAUUUAACCACAAGAAAUCUGAUCCAGCCUCACUGAUCUGACCUUGAUGGAUAUCAUUUUAAUAAUUGUUAAUGUAGUUUUCUUGUCAUUUUUUAAAAACUAUUUUGUUAAUAAGUGGUAAGUUCUGGUAAGUUUUUGCAAAUUUUCAGGUCAUUUUCUUGUAUAUUUUUACUGAUUUCUUGAUCAUUUUCAUGACAUUUCAUGCAAAUUUACGCAUUGCCUUUUUUCCUCAUGUUUUUGAAAGAAAUCAAGUGAAUUUGGAAUUUGCUGGCAAAACAUGUGAACUUAGUGAAAGAAUUGAAGAAAAGAAAAGUACCAGAAAAUUAGCAAAUAAAAAACCCUUGAAAAAUAAAAAAAAAUAAAAAAUUGCAUCAGUUUGUUUUUUAAUGAUUUAAUGAUUUUAUUUUGAAUCAUUUAUUUAAACAUCAGAUCAGAGAUGCUGGAUCAAUGUCAGAUUUAUUUUUAAAAUAUCCGUAAAUGUAAGGCUCCCUGCAGGGCAAAAUAGCUUCAUAUGGGGGUCCGCAGCUUAUUGAAGGUGAACAUGAUGAGUUUGAAAACCCCUCGUGUAAAGGACGGACAUCUAGGCUGAAAGAUAUGCAUGUGCACACACACAGACUGUAUGGACAGACCCACACACAAAGGAGGGAUCCAUAACAAAAUGACAAACACACAGGGAAAACACACACACACAAAAGGGAAAGAUAGCAUACAGAGAGAGAGAGCAGGCACACACCAGAAGAAGGCACAACAGUGCACACACUGAACAAGACAUGCAGGGAACACACUCCUAGCACACACAGCACACACAUACAUGCACACACUCACAUUCACAUCUUCAUCAUACAUGACUGAAUAUUCAAUGUAAAUAAUGCACAUACACACAAACUUACUUAACAGUUUACUGAAAUCUUAAAAAGGAAUGAACAGUAAAAUGUUUUUAUUGUAUUUUUAAUGGCUAUGACAAGACAAAAGUAUGUUUUGUACAUUUGUGAGGGUGCAAUGAUUGUAGCGCUGCAGAGGGAGGCGGGUGCAGGAGAGGAGAUGACUGUCCAAGGUAGUGGGACACUGAGGUUAAAGGUGGCUGGGGCACCACAGGUGACAAGGAGAAACACUUUCCCUUCCCCAAACAAUAUUUAUUGACAUAUCAAAAUGCAUCAAGAGAACAUUUGAUCUUCAGUCUGUGGAGGCAGAGAGCCUUUUCCUGCUUCAUUCUAAGAAACAACUAAGUCGUUUUUAGCUAUUGUACAGAAUGGUUUUUUUUUUUUUUUUUUUUUUUUUUUUUUAUGGAGUCUCCAGAUUCUGUGCAAAUGGUGAUUUUUUUUCUUCAUGUAAAACUACUCCAAUAAAAUAAAAAUUACCAAAAAAGAUAUUAAACAAGUCUCUCUGAAUUACCAGCUUUUGUGUUAUGAAGCCCCAUAUUAAAUUUAGUGGUCAUCUCUACAUGUUAAACAGGGAUGUGGAGUUCUGUAUCAUUCUAAAAAAAAAAAAUGACCAUGAAGCAUUUUUAAACAAAUUUUUAUUUGUGCUUGUAGCUCUUGGGAAGUGUGUAAACUAAGUAUGGUUGCUUGUUUUUCAUUGUUUUGUGGAUUUUAUGAAAACUGCAUUGUCUGUCCAAAUGAAUCACUCCUGCAAAAAUUGCCAUUUUCACUUGUGGUGCCUCACCUUAACAUGGAUCUCAUAUUGAAAGGUGAACAGGAUGUUUAAAAAAAGAAAAAAAAAAGCACGUUCUCAGCUUUAAGUUUUAUGUGUUAAUUUACCUCCAUGGUUAAAAUUUUUGACUAUGUUUCCAUGCAGCAAGAAAUCGAUUGUUAACCUGAUUUACUCCAGUAUCCUCGUUUUUGGUCUGUCCAUUUGAAGCCUGAUUGAGCUCAUACUGUGAUUGUGAGAAACCCAGUUAAGAUGUCUGGCUUUCUCCCAUAUUCAGCAGUUGUUGAGACUUCUUAGUGCCCUCACUUUUAAUUCUCAGUGGGGUGCAAAGUGAUGUCAAUCAAAAACAUGAUGGUGAGUAGUAUUUACUUUCAGCAGUGGACCAUCAUUUGUUUCCCCUGCAUCAGAAGUACGCUGCUAUUGCUCAGUCUACACAAGAACUGGAAUGUUCUGUUAACUUUAUUCAUGGUGACAGCUAUUUUCGAUCACAGGGGAGCAAAGAAAUUAUGGAAAUAGAUGAACCUGAGUAGCUCCCAUGUAAACACUGGCCACGGAAAACGCUCCACUGCUGGUCACAGUUGAAUUAGAAUCAAUGCUUUAUUCUCUGAUUGGUGCUUCAAAUGCUAACCGUUAGCCUCCAGUAACAAAGAGAGGAAGAUAGCGCCACUACUGUCCUACAUAACAACUAGGGGGGAAGUGAAAUAAUAUCGCAUUUUUCAACUAUCCCUUUAAUGGGUGCCUGCAAAACAAUACUCAACAUUUAGUAAUGCUUUGGUGUACCCAUUGCAUUUGAACAAAAUGGAUCACAGCAAUUAUUUUUUGCACUUGUUACCUAAAUAUUGGAAACAUCAGAUCCAUAUGAUUCAACUUGGCUGAUCAUAAAAGCAAACAUUUGGCUCCACAGUUUUUAUGGUAUAUAAUAGUAGACAAGCCUAGUUUAAAAAGAUAGAAGUGAGAGUCUUUGUACUGUUUCUGUUGAACGUGGUGUUUACAACUAGAAAAGCCUUGCACUCUCGCUUUCAUUCCACUGGACGCUCGCUGAAAUGGAGGUCCAACUUUAACUGGAGUAUAAACAAUUGUCAGGUUGGCCAGCAUGGAAAUAUAGACAAACUAAUCUCAUUGUCCCAUUACGAACAUUAUUGUCUCUGUGUAUGUAUGUACAGUAUGUAUGCAAAAACACACCGUUCAGAGUUCUAGUUGUGCUGGAAUGAAUGAAUAAUGAACAGAUUUAUGGAUGAUUCGAUAAAUGGACGAUGACGUCUAGAAAGACUGAUGUUCAUGGAAAAAGGUGGAGGUUUUGUCCAACAUCUUGGUGGCUUGGUUGCUGUUUGUCAUUUUGUUCUCUGCCUUACAGUGGACAUUUCAUAAUGAAGCCUGACAACCUGACACACCUUAGAGAUUCCCAGUGGCUGAGCAGGUCUUGGGCAAGGCCACUGCAACAGAACACGACAGUCCUGGAGAUUAAACCUGUGACCGCUCUUGUUAAAGAACAGCCUCCCUAACCACUGUGCUUCUCAACACAAAGGGUGGCAUCUUUAUGAAAUGUGGGUAUUCCUAUCCCAUCAGUCGUUGGGAGGUUGUUAACCUUUUCAGUGACUAGUCAGUGUUCAGUUGGAGAGAGAAUUGGCAAGCCACCAAGCACACCAAGGCUUUGGGUCAAAAAGCUCACCAAGGGUGGUUGAUUGUUAGAGAGAGUUCAUACAAUGCAAUAAUGGUUGGAGCUGACUCACCGUGCAUAGACACACUGUCUGGAACCCUGUGGUCUAACACAGCAGAGAGAGAGAGAGGAUAUGCUGUAUAAUCAUGAUGAGCAACUGUUCUCAGUGUGUCCGUGAUAUGUGAAUAGAAUCGUCUGGUUUAUUCAUCAAAAGUCUGUGGAACACACGCCACAGAACCAGUGCUUCACAUAGGAAGAUUUGAAUGGGGAUGUCCGAUCUUUUCAUUUUAGCUCUGUGACCCACGUCGCGGUCUAGUCUGGUUCGUUCUGGUCUGCAUUGAGUCACAUCUCAAUUGAGCAAGCCGGAAGGGGCUGAGGUUGCCUUUGAAUGCUGAUCCAGGGUCUGUUUUCUAACAUUCCUAGAUUCCCAAGUCUUGGUCAAGAAUAAAGGGUUUAAUUAGGCAUUUUUCUUCACCGUGCACUUGUUGGAUCAUGAGACAUGAUUAUUCUACAUUUGUCUUUUAGUUACUCUAAGCAGCUUGCUAGCGGUGUUGACGGUCCACAUUCAGGAUUCAGUGAACACUGCUAGUCGUGAGUUUGUCUGUGAGGCUCGCUCACACUGUCCCUGGCCCAGACCUAAGGAGGCGCCUAUACCCUGUUCAGACUGCCAGACCAAAUAAGUUUUGUUUUAUAUCCACAUUUUAUCCAGACUUAUUUUAGAAAGUGGAAUGGAAUGGAAUGCAGUUUUGCAAAUCAGUUCCAAACCACAUUUUAGAUAGGUUGGUGAUGUCUGGACACACAAAUCCAAUCUGAUCACUUGCAAAUAACAGUCUGUCUUAAAGAUCUGAUUUGAGAGACAAAUCUGAUUUGCCUGCAGUCUGAACAAGGCCUUAGACCCUGUUUACACCUGGUUUUAACAUUUGUUUCAGGUGAUCAGGUCACAAGUGGAUGGUGCUAAGUACAAGUGUAGUUGACCACAGAGAUGAAACGGGCAUUAUCAACAGUCGUCGCGAGACCCUCUGCGGCACGUGCACAGUUGCGCAUGCUGCACUUAUGUAAUAUUGCCGCAUAGAGCACGCAGACCACAAGAGGCAUGAAUCUUUUGUGCGCAGCUAGCUGUUCACUGUUGUUAUAAUGAAGGCUGCAAACAAUAGUAAUGUGACAUUUUUCUGUGAACUGAACUUCUAGUGUAAAAUGCAUUUCAAUACAGUUUUCGUCCUGUGUUGACAAUGGCCUAAAAUAACACUAAUAUUAAAAAUGUGAUUAUGGUUGGCACAGUGUCCUACUGGCCUCACAGCCAGAAUGUUUCAGCUUUAAUUUUCGGCCUUCUGUGUUGAGUUGUAUGUUCUCCUGGUUUUCCUGCCUCAGGUGGAUUGGAGACACCAAACUUUCCAUUAGUAUAAUGUGAGUGACCGCCUAUCUGUGUUCUCUCUCCAUUCAUAUGAUAUCAGACAAGGCCAAAGAAUAGGAUGGCAUCUCAUUGUUACAACUUACAAACAUACAUGCGUUGUUACUUACUGGAAUGGCUGCAUUCAAAAUGGCAGUUGUAAAGACUAUUGUUGUUUUUGACACGUUCCUUUCAGAUUAACCUGCAGCAGACACUGCCUGCUGCCCACAUGUAGAAGUGAUUCGUUUUGUGAUGAUAUAGGUGGAUUCAGUGUAGUGUUUGCUACUCAUGUUGAUACAGCUCUGCAAUUCUCGAUGCCAAGUGAAGGAUAAUGAUCUCUACCAAAAAAUAUAUAUAUUUACUACUUAAAAUGACCGCCUGAGGCUCGUAUAAAUGUUUUUUUUUCUUAGUUUGCAGCUCGUUUAUAUGGUGAAUCUGCCAUCAUGGGAUUGCAGCAUCAGCCCUGGCAACCUCUCUAGGGUGUCUCCCUGCCCUUCGUGAAAUGCAUUUUGUAGUAGACCAUUUUCACAGCAGCCAUUUUGACAUGAAAUAGCAGGUAUACAGGUGUUACCAAUGACAUUAAUUAUGGUUCCAUUCCAUUAGCUCUUGUGCAUGCUGUCUCACUCGAAAGGCUCGGAUCCACUGUCAUGAACAGAAUCUUAAUUAAUGUCAUUGCUAACACCUGUGUUCACCUUGUCUUUUCCCGUCAAAAGUCUCGAGUCUGUAGGCUGCUGACCUUCCUGAGCCUGAAGAGAAUUAGGCAGGUAGAGAGCAUGAAGCUGGCCUCAAGUCAGCGGUCUGGGGCAACUUCAUCCCUGAAUUCAAACAACGCCACAAGAAUCCUGUUAGAAAGCCUUUGCUGGACUUGAAUGUCACAGUGGGAACCAGUUCAUAAUCAGAAAAAUGUGCGGACCACCUACCUGGUGUCUUGCAGAAACAUGCAAAAACUGAGAUGUGCCUGAUCUGAACUUGAGCAGUGUUGGUAUAAUUAGCCUCUACAACAAUAUGUCAAAAAGCAUUGGGAUCUACUGGGUUUGCUGGUUUUAAUGACAUAGCCUUAUCUAGGUAGAUGUCUGUGGAAUUGUGGGUUUGUUUGUUUUUUGUUUUUCUGUUUUGUUUUGUUUUGUUUUUUUCAAUUUAAAGCUCCAAAGACCUGAAGAGGAUUUUACUGUUGGUCAACACAAACUUGAUUGCGGAAAUUAGUUAAAAAUGUGAAAAUGGACACUGCAUGGAACGCUCCUAGUUCCCUCUCUAAAUCAUGUCAAGAGCAGGGUCAACAAAUUAUAGCCUCCCUCCAAGUUAAGUCUUAUCAUGUAGAACCCACCCAAACUAUUUCAUCCAUGUAUCAUAUAUAUAAUUUGCCUCCCAAAUUCUGUAUUUUUGUUUCUCAGGGUGAAGUGAAGCUUUAGAGUCUCAUACGUUUCCACAAAAUGCAGCAAUAAUGAACUGGUUCAUUUACAGCCUUGCUAGCGGGCUGACGCUUACCAAGUACCUACAGAUGACUCUUGAUGAAAAACAUUUUAUAAUCAGACUGUUUCUAAUCUUUGUUGUUGUUGUUGUUGGGUUUUUUUUGUUUGUUUUUGUUGGUUUUUUUUGGGUGGGGGGGUAGGGGGGCUGUGCUAUCAGCGGGCAUUUUGCACUGAAGAAUAUUAUUUAAGUUUUUGUUCUUUCGUAAUCGUGUUUUUUUUCUCCUUUUUUAAAUAGUUGCUUGUAAAUGCCAUUGUACAUACUGCAUAUUUUGUAAAGAAAAUAUUACUGCAGUUUGUCUGCUACAAAGUGAGAGGUUGACAUUGUGACAUGCGCCUCCCUUGACACCUAAAAUAAAUAUGUAAUUAAGAAUAAGACUUUGAAUUUCAGUUUGUUGCUUACUUAGCAAAUACCGUCAGUACAAUGCAAGUAGCUGAGUGACUUUUGUUACCUUCCCUCUACUUGCUUGCAUCAUUGAAAUGGAAAUGCUGUGUGUUAGCAUAGACUCCAACAAGAGCAGUCCUUAAGAUUUCAACCUCACUGUUGAAGAUCAUCAUCCAAAAUCAAGGACAGGUCCUGUUUUUGGUUUGCUUGUUUUGUGUUUUCAUGUGCUAUGCAGAUGGUUCUUUGACCCUGUGAUUUCACCUUAUGUUCAAGGUGUUUUGUUGUUGUUGUUUUUUUUUUAAUGGCAACAACUAAAGCUAAAUGAAUGGCAGCCAUGGGGACAAUGAAUUCUGAUUGCAUGCAGGCCAUAGACCACCAUCGUGACUCCUAGCUGUCAGAAAAACCUAAAAACUGCCUGAUAAAGCAAGAUUUCACUUUGACAGAGCAUUUUCACAUGUCAGUGCACACUUCAAUGGGGGUUCAGGAGUAUUUCAUGCACAUUUACAAACACCCAGGUGAUAUGAUCAUUCAGUGUCUGCUGUCAUUCUUUCCAGGAGGACAAAAUUUGCAUUCUAAUAUUGCAAUAGACCUUUUGAAGAGGCAUUCUAAAUACUGUCUGAACUGACUGAAGUCAUGAAACUCUUUGAGUCAGCAGAGCUCCACAGGGCAGUUCGGAAACAAGGAUAGUGAUCAUUACCCAUAAUGUCGUAACUGUGGAACGUAGACUUAUCGUGAGCUAUGAUGGUACAUGCAAAGUCCAUAUGAGAUCAGCUUUGUUAUAAGAAAAACGUCUUUUAUUCGCGAUGUCAUUCGGAAGUACUACACUACCCACAAUUCUAGUGAGUAACAGCGACGUCUCUGAUUGGUGGAGCUCUCUACCCUCUGCUCCACCAUCAUUUGCCACAGAGCAAGCAUGGUUUCCUUUUCAGACAUGAUGUGUUUUGAUGAGACACAACACAAACUAUAACAUGUUACAAAGGCUUUUAUUUGGAAAUCUAGUCAAAAUACAUCUUACAUGUUAACUGAGCUGAGGAGGCUGCUGAGUGAUUUCUGUCUGCCAUGACAUCUUUGGGUUUGAUGGCGGUGAUUUCUAAUCUUCAAUUUUGAGGGGUUUUCUCUUAUUUUUGCAAGUCUGUAAAAUUAUUCCCUCACCCUUUUUUGUUCCAUGGAAUUGCCAACUAGACAGCAAAAACUGACCAUAGCAUUUGUGGUGUCUGAUUGUAUGCUUGACUCUAAUCGUAGUCUCACAGCAUGGGGGCUUAGGAUGCUUCUGCAAAGCCUUUAUGAUCAGCAUUAACAUGGGAAAAAGAAUACGGGCAUUAGUGAUGGAGCACACUCCUGGACGGUUUGUGUUCGAGGCCGACCGCUCCUGAGUCCUGUGGAACCGCUGAGAUGUGCAAAUGAUCUGACAAAGUGAAAUAUCCCUCAAGCCAAAGGGUUUUCUGUGCACAGCAACACUUACUUGAGUUUCUUAGGAGUGUAGUGGGGGGGCUGAUGUGAAGUGGUGUGGUGUGGAGAUAUGGAUGGGGCUUACCUGAUGCUCAUUUUAAUAUUCAUGACAUAUCAUAACAUCUGAUGAGAUGAGACGAAAUUCAAAAAAGAAAAAAAAAAAUGUUAGUAAGAGCAGGAGACUGUAAUCCACACAGAUCCACAGCGAACAAAGAGGCAAAGUGGUGACUUCUGUGUCUUUGCGACAGAGUUUGUGUGGAGGAUCUGCUGUCAAAACUAUAUUCAUCAACACAUAAUCACUUAAAGCCUUUAAAACAGUCUCUAGUGAAAUGGCACUAAAAUUUUGUAUUGUUGUGUUCUUGUAUGCUGGGGAUCCUUUAAGUGAACCAAAAGAAUCGUUUUUUUUUUUUGUUUGUUUUUUCUUUUUCCUUGCCUUCCAUAGAGGAACAGAAGUGCAUCUUGAAAUUUGAGUGAAUCCCUGCUUUCCUUUUGUCAUGUUUCUGAGUAAUACACACCUGAAAUGUUCUCCUGAUUCUUUGUUUUUGUUCUGUGUGCUGUAAUAAUAAAAAAAAAUUCAUUCAGUAA